ACGCUGGCGUCACGGAAUAAACGUUUGUUUAUUCUGUGCUGGUUGGCAGUAGUGUAGUACCUCGGGCAGUAGCCAAGGUAAGCCAGUAGCGACGGUAGCCAUGGGCCAGCGAGGUCGCUGCCUGCUGCUGUGUGCGUGCCUGGUGAUUGCGGUAGCGGUCGCGGGACAAGGCGGAGACGACUGCCCGCGCAUCAUCGGCCGGGCCGGCUGGGGCGCCAGGCAGCCGCUGGCAGUGCACUACCUCAUAGUGCCGGUGCAGUACGUGAUCGUGCAGCACACGGCCACGCCCGCCUGCAGCAGCGUGACCGCGUGCGCCGCGCGGGUGGCGGGCCUGCAGGCCUUCUUCAUGGACUCGCUGCACUACGACGACAUCGGCCUGUCGGGGUCCGUGCCGCAGGUUCCUGGUGGGAGGCGACGGCAACGUGUACGAGGGCGUCGGCUGGCACCGCGUGGGCGCGCACACCCGCGGCUACAACUCCCGCGCCGUCGGCGUCUCGCUCAUCGGCGACUUCCGCGAGGAGCUGCCCCCGCCGGCGCAGCUGGAGGCGCUGAAGAAGCUGCUGCAGUGCGGGGUGUCCCUGGGCGAGCUGCACCCCGACUACAAGCUGCUGGCGCAGCGCCAGGUGUCUGCCACCGAGAGCCCGGGCAUGGCGCUGUUCCUCGAGCUGCAGACCUGGCCGCAGUGGGUCGAGCAGCCGUGACCCUGCUCCCCGCCUCUGUAACCUGCUUCAACCUUAAUAAACCAUGCAUGAACACAGCCCGACCGUGUUUACAUACCACGACCGUAGAUUCAUAGAUUGACAAUGCCCAC